UCUUGCACUGAAUAAAAAGCAGUUCCUGCGGUCGGCAGCUGCUCGGUAAACUCUUAGGCUCUCUCAACGCACUUCUAGUGGGAGGAUAUAUUUUUUGUGUGUGUGUGUGUGUGUGGUUGGGAGGGGAGGGGGAGGGAGUGUGUGAGUGAGGUUCGCUCAAACAACAUGGCUCCAUCGUGCAAACCCAGCAAACCUGGAUCUGUCAGAGAUGACGGGGACUAUUAUACGCUCAAAGGAGAUCGGAAGACUCGAAAGCCAUUGAUCGAGAAGAAGAGGAGAGCUCGUAUUAAUGAAAGCUUACAGGAGCUGCGGGGGAUCCUGGCGGACACCGAGCUGCAGUCAAAAAUGGAGAACGCAGAGGUUCUGGAGCUGACGGUGAAACGCGUCCAAAACAUUCUUCGCAACAGAAAUGUCGAAGCGGACCGGAUCAACCAGGAGGCGAGCGAGCGGUUCGCCGCGGGCUACAUCCAGUGUAUGCACGAAGUGCACACGUUCGUGUCGAGCUGCCCCGGGAUGGACUCGGCCGUGGCCGCUGAGCUGCUGAACCACCUCCUGGAGUCUAUGCCGCUGAGCCAAGACCACUUCCAGGACUUACUGAGCGAACUCGCGUCGGAAACCCCCCCCACUCCCCCCCCUCACUGGCCGUCCGGCCCCGGGGGUCGCUCCCCGGCGUCCGGCCCCGGGGAUGGGGAGGCGGCGCCGUCCCCCUGUCCGUCCGCCGCCUCCUCCAGGGACGGCUGCUCGGAGCUGGACGAGGCCCGACCUGGGACCCACUGCAUUCAGCUGGAUCAUUAUAACCAGUUUACUGGGUCAGACAUUGUCCAAUACAACGUCGAUCUUAUUUAUUGA